AUCAAUAACCCCGUUCAAAUUUCAUGUGCCGCUCUAUUUUUCAUCGGGGGAGCUAUCGCUAUCAAAGGGAGGUGGAAGGUGCAUACUGUGAUCCUCCUUUCUUUCCUUCAAGGCACAUGGCUAGAUUCACCGAAUAUCAGGUGGUUGGACGUAAGCUCCCUUCCGCUCAAGAAGUUGCCCCUAAGCUCUUCCGUAUGCGUAUUUUCGCUCCCAACGUUGUUGUCGCUAAGUCCCGUUUCUGGUACUUCUUGAAGAAGCUCCGUAAGGUCAAGAAGGCCGCCGGUGAGAUCGUUGCUGUCAACGUCAUCUCCGAGAAGCGUCCUGAGCAAGUUAAGAACUUCGGUGUCUGGAUCCGUUACGAUUCUCGUUCCGGUACCCACAACAUGUACAAGGAAUACCGUGAAAUGACUCGUUGCGAAGCCGUUGAACACUGUUACCAAGACAUGGCUGCCCGUCAUCGUGCUCGUUUCAGAUCUGUUCAAAUCAUUCGUGUUGCUGAAGUCAAGGAUGCCGAUGUUCGUCGUGCUUACAUCAAGCAACUCUUGACCCCCAAGCUCUCUUUCCCCUUGCCUCAUCGUCUUGCCAACGUCGAGAAGAAGCACCGUGCUCUCUUCGUCGCCAAGCGUCCUACCACUUUCUAUUAAACAAAUUCAAGAGUGUUUUUUGCGGUUUGCUUUUUUGUUUCCUUUGAAACUGUAGAAGUUAUCCGCAUGAAAAUGUUAAAAUAAAAAAUUAUCGAAAGUA